CACUCAAAACCUACCUAAACAAUGGGCUGUGUUCAAAGCUUCAGGGAAUUGUGUGACCGUCCAAAGAAUACUAAUGUUCGCAUCAGUCUCCCGGCAGUUUGCAUUGUGUGGGAAACAGCCAUGAUCAUCUUGUUUGGGAUUUUUAUUCGUUACGAUGAUGAUUCAGAUUCGCACUGGAUAGAUGACAGAAAGGAAACAAAUAAGAGUGACAUGGAGAAUGAGUUCUACUUCAGAUAUCCAAGUUUUCAGGAUGUGCAUGUGAUGAUUUUUGUUGGAUUUGGCUUCCUGAUGACAUUUCUUAAGCGCUACAGCUUUGGUGCGGUGGGUUUCAACUUCCUCAUUGCUGCCUUUGGCCUCCAAUGGGCGCUGCUAAUGCAAGGCUGGUUCGGCUCCCUGGGCCCCGAUGGAAAGAUCAAAAUUGGAGUUGAAAGCCUGAUAAAUGCUGACUUCUGUGUGGCGAGCUGCCUGAUCGCCUACGGGGCGGUGCUCGGCAAAGCCAGUGCAGUCCAGCUAAUGGUCAUGACUCUGUUUGGGAUCACAUUGUUUGCUGUGGAGGAACAUAUUAUCAUACAUAUCAUACAUGCCAAAGAUGCAGGAGGCUCCAUGGUGAUCCACACCUUUGGAGCUUAUUAUGGUCUUUCCAUCUCGUGGAUGCUCUAUCGGCCAAACCUGAACCAGAGCAGUCGUCUGCAGUGCUCCGUCUACCAAUCAGAUGUCUUUGCCAUGAUUGGCACCCUCUUCCUGUGGAUGUUCUGGCCCAGCUUCAACUCGGCCAUCACGGACCACGGGGACGGGCAGCACCGAGCAGUCAUCAACACCUACCUGGCUCUGGCCUCAACCGUGCUCACUACUGUGGCCGUGUCCAGCCUUUUCCAGAAGCAUGGGAAACUAGACAUGGUUCACAUCCAGAACUCCACUCUUGCUGGAGGCGUUGCGGUGGGAACUGCAGCUGAGUUCAUGUUGAUGCCCUAUGGGUCUCUGAUCGUAGGAUUCUGCUGUGGUAUCAUCUCCACCCUGGGAUAUAUCUACCUCACGCCUUUCAUGGAGAAGUACCUGAAGAUCCAGGACACAUGUGGAAUCCAUAACCUGCAUGCCAUGCCAGGAGUCAUAGGUGGCAUCGUGGGAGCCAUUACUGCCGCAGCUGCAACAGAGUCUGUUUAUGGCGUUGAAGGGCUCAAAGAGACCUUUGAUUUUGUGGGUGACAUGUCACCCACAAAGCAAGGUGGUUACCAGGCAGCAGCCCUCUGUGUGGCUAUCUGUUUCGGUGUGGGCGGAGGCAUCCUUGUCGGUUGUGUUUUAAGAUUACCUAUCUGGGGAGAUCCUGCAGAUGACAGCUGUUUUGAUGAUGAGCACUACUGGGAGCUUCCUCAGGAUGAAGAGAGCACCCAACCAGUCCUUCAGUACAACAACCACAUGCGGAACAAAGACGUAAUUGAGACAAACUUCAACAUGCAGCAGACCUAAAGCUUUAGGUGUUGAUCCUGAUUGAUCUUAAUCUUUGAACCCACGUCCUGUUUUAUUUGACUUAUUUUCUCAUUCUUGAUAUCAAUUAUUGAUUUGAGUGUUAUUCUUAUCAAAUCCAAACCACUAAUGUUUUAACAUUGAUCGCAAUAAAUGUGUGUUAAUAUGUUGUUCAGCCUGGGGACUAAAAAUAUGUAAGUGAAAAAACGCCAUAAAAUGUUGUUUUCCAAGAUAUUUAUUCUCAGUUAAAUCAAAUAUAAUUCAAUCACAUAUUUGGUGUUAAAUAUGAGAGGUGUUAUACCGGUACUAGUGACUUGCCUUGUUUCAACAAUUACAGAUUCUUAAUAGAUUGAAGUGUGGGCCUUUAAAACUUUGGUUUCUUUAAGUGCUUUCGAGUUAUUUAAAACCAUGAUUUCAACAAUAUUGAAUUUGAAUUAAGUUUUGAACUGGAUUUCCACGUCAAGCUGUCAGGUUUGUUUGUAAGCUUUAUAUUUAUUUUCAUGGUUGCUUAACUUUAUAUUGCAUAUAGACUUAACCUAAAUAUGUGUCUUAAUUUUACAAUCGGAUGUAAUGUUAUUGAUUUUAAAAUAAAGAGCUGUUAUACUUGUUUUGAAGUUAUGCUGUGACAUAAAGGAUGUGUGGUAACACUUUACCAACAGAAUGAUACAUUUAUAAGCAAUAUAUAAACACUUAAUUGUCCAGUAAGGACCUAUAAUGUAGUUUUAGGACAAAGCAAAAGAAA